AUGCUGAGCGAGAUUAUUGGUGUAGAGAAGGUUCUUGAGCGUCUUACUCUCAAAAGAGCUAUCAUUGAUAAGAGUAAUCUAUGGGUGCCUAUGUUCAAUGUAAGCAACAUGACACCUAUUUUCAUAGCUCCAGUCGGUGCUCGCGCUGAAAAAGAGAUGACUGGUUCUCUCAUAAGCUAUCCGCAAAUCAGACAGAAUUACAUUCUCCGAGGCAGUGUGUUUGUGGAAAAAGCUCACCAUUUUUGGCAAAUGAUUUGGGAGAAAGAGUCACUUUUCAUUGUGAUGCUCACGUCACCCGUCAAUCAAGCACAAAUAUACUUCCCAGCCAACGAAAAAGAGAGACUCGUUUUUGGACCGUUUGCUAUCACUUGCACAAGAAGAGAUGCAACACGAGGAUAUAUUACUCGUGUUUUGACAGUUAAAAAGCAAGACAAUAAAGUUCUUCACACCGUCACACAUAUUCAGUACGUCUCGUGGGGUUUUUAUACGCCUGUUCCUGAGCGUUUUGGACAGUUCCUUGACCAUUUGAAACAUCACAAUGCUCUUUGGAAUGCAUCAAUCUCAAGAUAUUCUCCCACUUGCGGAAUGCAUGCUCCUGUCAUUCAAAGUAAUUCUGGAUUGGGACGUACGGGAUGUCUCGUUAUCAUCAAUGUGAUAUCUCGAAUGCUCGAAUACAAGGUCAAACAUAAAUACAACAUAGAAAAGAUGGUGUUGGGAUUGAAAAACGGAUUACCCAAUGGAAUAGAAUCUAUUGCUGAGUACAAGUUCAUUGUUAACCAAGUCAUUUGGGAGACUGAAAAGUUGAAACCUGAAUAUGUUCUCGGUAGACAACAUUUGCAUAUGGUUUCCGGCAUGGUGCACUACAACUAUUCCAGUAGAAAUGUUGAGAAAUUGAUGUGUUCAAAGAAGUGGAUGCCAGUCGGAGCAAGCCUCGAUUACGAAUGUUUUAGAAAAGCUGUGAAUGUGGAGCCGGAAUACGAGAACUUUUUUAGUUCUGAAAACUAUCUUACGCUUCACUAA